AAAUGACGGAAGAGGAGAUCUUAGAAGCUGAAUUGGCUCGAGAGGUUGACGAAAUGGUACUCAUCUCGUCGAAACCUGGGGAACCGGACGAACUGGAUCGGGAGCUGGAAAUGGAACUUUUAGCUGAAUUGGGCCAGGAGAAUUCUUCAU